AAGUCAACAAAACCAAAUGGUAAAUGGCUAAAGUUUACAUGUGUACGUGAACAAAUCAAUUGGUUUCCCAUGUGUUGUGGGAACACAAAGUUUACCGUGGUGCAAGGUGACCCAGAGAGAGAAAGAGUGUCCGUGCAAACUGACAGUCGACUAGGUUAUGUUGAUCCCGAGCAGCUGAAAAAUGGGCGAGUGUCCCUUUAACGUCGAGGAAAGCGAUUUCUCGGCUCUGUCGCCGCUACUCGCCAGUACUGUUGGACAGCUCAGCGAAGAUGCCGACAAGUUCGACCACAUAAUGGCCUUUUUCAUCGCUCUCAUGGCCCAGAACGCAUAUCGACCCACCUGCCUGUACGACACUGAUACCAACAAAUGGGCCAAAACACUGACGUGCAUUCCACCCGACUGGAAGCGUCCGGGUACAAACAUCUACUAUAUCGCUUUUCGGCUGUCGGUUCCAAAGGAUUGCGGAGUCAUCUGUCAGUUGGUCGGUAUCCCAACAGGUGACUGGAUGGUCCUCAACUUAUUGCCGAAAGGCGCGAGCCGAGCUUGCAAAACGCGCUCGACUACCGUCAACGUCGCCAAGUACGUCAAUUUGCACCAGAAGUUGCUCGGCAAGUUUUGGCAUCUCAAGGAGCUGGCAUACAAAUUUAAAAAUGAAUUGUUUGUCCCGGUGCACUCGCACAUGUUGUUGGAGGUGGGUAUUGCGUCGCCGUGUUUGCAGGGAAUACCCGAAGAAGCGAGAGACAUGAUUUUCGAGUACUUGGACUCGUGGAGCCUUUGGAGCGCGAAAAAGGCGUUGGAAACGGGGCGUCCAACGAGAUGAAAUUGUUGAUCGUGAAUCGUAUGAAUAUAAAAGAGCAAACGGCAA